AUGGGUCAAACGGCAUCCACUCCACGCCCAGGCACAACCUUCCAAGUCAUCGGCGCAGGACUGCCCCGAACGGGGACUGCAUCAUUCAGCAAUGCACUAGAAAUUCUCUGUGACGGACCCGUCUUCCACUGCGGAACGCAAGCUACAUUAGGACCCACGAUCCAAAUCAAGCAAUGGAUGGAGAUUCUACGGCGCUGGCAUGCUGGAAGCGAAUCGGAUCGGAGAAUCAUGUUCGGCGUUAUGAAGCAACAGUUGAACGGGUAUGCGGCCGUGACUGAUUCCCCCGGAGCUCAAUUCGUCCCCGAGUUGAUGGAAUUGUACCCCGAUGCCAAAGUGAUAUGUACCAUUCGGGAUCCCGUCGCUUGGGAACGGAGUAUGGAGCAAGUUCGGAACGCGACUGUCCCUUGGUGGCUGCAUUUAGUUCUGUUGCCUUUGCCCGGGUUGAUGUAUUUCAUUCCUUAUUUGCGUCUUCUCGCGGCUCAGUGGGAGAAGUUGUAUGGGGAGGCUAUCCCCACGCGGCACACUUAUGAGCGACAUAUUGCUUGGUUGAAGGAGGUUGUUCCGGAGGAUCGGUUGGUUUUUUUCGAGGUUAAGGAUGGAUGGGGGCCGUUGUGUGAGGCGCUGGGAAGGGAGGUUCCGAAGGAUCAGCCGUUCCCGCAUAUUAAUGAUUCUGAUGCUAUUGAUGAAAUUUCUAGAAUGCAUGUUCGAAGGGGUCUUGCUCGUUGGGCUGUUAUUCUUGCUGUCGGUACUGCUGCUGUUGCGUGGGUUGUGCGCCGGUAG